AUGUCCCAGACGGCUGUCAAGACAUCUUCCAUCCAGUUAAGAAAUGUCCAUGGACCAACGUCCUCAGCGCCAUCCACGAGCCUCUACGACGCCGAGCCGGAUUGGACAAGACAUCGAGACAUAGACAGUUAUGCAGAACAUGAUGCAUCAAGGCCCAGCGAACUAACCUUCCCCGAAGGCGGCUGGCAGGCCUGGCUGGUCGUCUUUGGGUCCUUUUGUGCCAUGCUCUCUGUUUUUGGUCUCAUCAAUUCCGCUGCCGUCUUCGAGUCCUACUUCUCCGAGAACCAGCUCGCCGACCACUCGUCUUCGGAGAAUGGCUGGAUCUUCAGCCUCUACCUCUUCAUAGUCUACUUCGUCGGCAUACAAGUCGGGCCCCUCUUCGACCAGUACGGCCCUCGCGGGCUUGUUGUUGCUGGCGGCCUCUGCAUGUCGGCAAGUCUUCUGCUCCUCAGUCUGUGCAAGGAGUACUAUCAAAUCCUCCUCACAUACUCUAUUCUGGGCGGUUUGGGCGGCGCUCUGCUCAAUUUUCCCUCCUACGGCGCCAUCGCACACUUUUUCGACUCACGGCGAGGUUUUGCCACCGGCAUCGCGACGACAGCCGGUUCCGUCGGCGGCAUCGUCUAUCCCAUCAUCCUCCAGAACCUCUUUCCGACUCUCGGCUUCGGCCCCACGGCCCGGAUUUUGGGAUUCAUUCUCAUCGGCCUCACCGUCCCUGCGACCCUCUUCAUCCGAUCACGGCUGCCCAAGAAGGAGGGGCCGGCGUCCAUCUGGCCCGACCUCACCGUCUUUCGAGAUCUGAAGUUUGCGCUGUCGGCCGUGGGCCUGUUUUUCAUGGAAUGGGGCCUUUUCGUCCCCAUCACCUACAUCAUUUCGUAUGCGGCCACGUUGCCGGGCAGUAACGUCCACUCCUACACCAUUCUCUCCAUCCUCAACGCAGGCUCAGCCAUGGGCCGUUUCCUUCCCGGGCUUGCCGCCGACAAGUAUGGGAGAUUCAACAUCAUUCUCAUCACCAUUGCCUUGUGUUUCGUCACGGUUUUCGGACUCUGGCUGCCCUCGGGGAACUCUCAGUCCAUGCUCCUUGCCUUUGUUGCCAUCUUCGGGUUCGCCAGCGGCAGUAACUUGGGGUUGGUGCCGGUGUGUCUCGGCCAACUCUGCGAUGCAAGAGAUUAUGGACGCUUCCUGUCAACGGCCAUGAUGAUGGCCAGUUUUGGCACGCUGAGCAGUCUACCGGUUGCUGGAGCAAUUUUGGAAUCGAACAAAGGGGGUCAAAACUGGGAGGGGCUGAUUAUCUUCUCCGGUGUCUCCUAUGUCUUGGCGUUUAUCUGCUAUGCCGCAGUUCGGGUGCUGGCUGUUGGAUGGACAUUGUCAGCAAGGUUCUGA